ACAAAAAGUAGGUGCUUCUGCCUCUCCAAAUAAUUUGUCAGAAGAAAGUGCAAUUGAAGACGGUUUUGUAACUGCAGCACCAAAGAGAAGUAGUAUAAUUGAUGUAGCCCACAACAGCAAAUAUUUCAUUUAUGCUUAAAUAAAAGUAUUUAAGACACAAUAAGAGUUACUCCUCAGUUAUCUAACUAACAUUUUGAUGGUUAACGUUUGAGAAACAAAAACAAACAAACAAACAACAACUCCUAUUGGUUAGGAAGAAAUCGACGUGAGUAUAAAAUUAUAACAUGAUACCGAUGUUACUUUUUGCCAAAAAAAUAAAAAAACAAUAUCAGCAAAUAUUGGAAUUGAAAACAAGUGAGGGGAUUGAAAAAUUUCAGGAGCUAACUGAUUUGAAUAGACCCAUUAGUUACAAAUAUGUUUUUGAAAUUGAACGAAGCUGAUUCGAAAAAAAUAUUUUUGGAAUAAUUGAUUCAGCGAAAGAUGGGGAACACUGAGAGUGAGGUGCUUGCAAUAAUAAUCAACAAGUUGGGACUACAAUUUUAUUCAAUCUUUCGAAUUCUUUGAAUUCUUUGGAUUUUAGAACUUGAACUAUGCUGUCCCCCAAAUGUUCAAGUUUGCAAAAUCCAAAACAACAGACAAUAGGGUUUAAAGAUUAGCUGGAAUGAGUUUGGUUAGCCUUUUUUUUGUUGAUUGUUAUCUUAUUCUUUUGUUUAAAUCUAACAAAGAGAAGACUCAAAGUAUGUGACCAUGCGAUGAAACCCACAAAACGAGAUAUUGCUAAAUGUAGACUUCAAUUCCCA